CCGGGCGCGAGCUCACCUGGGCUCGCGGCGGCGUUUGCCGGCUUCCCGCAGCGCCGCGCCUCAGCCGCCGAGUCCCGCUUCCCGCGGCCCGUCCCUGUGGCCCGCCGCCCUCACCAGCCCGCCCGGAUCGAGCCCGGAGCCCCGCGCGCGCGUCCCUGCAGCACGGAGCCCGCUGCCAUGAAGCCAGCGAGGACUAAGACGCCCAGGAAACUUCUAGUGAAGAAAGGAUCCCAAACAAGUCUUAAAGACCCAGUUGGGGUGUACUGCAGGGUGCGCCCACUGAGCCUUCCUGAUCAAGAGUGCUGCAUAGAAGUGAUCAAUAAUACAACCGUUCAGCUGCAUACCCCUGAGGGUUACAGACUCAACCGAAAUGGAGACUAUAAAGAGACUCAGUAUUCAUUUAAACAAGUAUUUGGCAUUCAUACCACCCAGAAGGAGCUCUUUGAUGCUGUGGCUAAUCCCUUGGUAGAUGACCUCAUUCAUGGCAAAAAUGGUCUCCUUUUCACGUAUGGUGUGACAGGAAGCGGGAAAACGCACACAAUGACUGGUUCUCCAGGGGAAGGAGGUCUGCUUCCUCGUUGUUUGGACAUGAUCUUUAACAGUAUAGGGUCAUUUCAAGCUAAACGAUACGUUUUUAAAUCUAAUGACCGGAAUAGCAUGGAUAUACAGUGUGAAGUUGAUGCCUUGUUAGAACGGCAGAAAAGAGAAGCCAUGCCCAAUCCAAAGACUCCCUCUAGCAAACGACAAGUAGACCCAGAGUUUGCAGAUAUGAUAAAUGUACAAGAAUUUUGCAAAGCAGAAGAGGUUGAUGAAGAUAGUGUCUAUGGCGUAUUUGUCUCUUAUAUUGAAAUAUAUAAUAAUUACAUAUAUGAUCUAUUGGAAGAGGUGCCGUUUGAUCCCAUAAAGCCUAAGUGGAACAGUUGCAGCACGCCCAUGAGGAACACAGAUUUUGUACCGCCACAAUCUAAAUUGCUUCGUGAAGAUAAGAACCACAACAUGUAUGUUGCAGGAUGUACAGAAGUGGAAGUGAAAUCUACUGAGGAGGCUUUUGAAGUUUUCUGGAGAGGCCAGAAAAAGAGACGUAUUGCUAACACACAUUUGAAUCGGGAGUCCAGCCGUUCCCAUAGUGUGUUCAACAUUAAAUUAGUUCAGGCUCCCUUGGAUGCGGAUGGAGACAAUGUCUUACAGGAAAAGGAACAAAUCACUAUAAGCCAGUUGUCCCUGGUAGAUCUUGCUGGAAGUGAAAGAACGAACCGGACAAAAGCAGAAGGGAACAGAUUACGUGAGGCUGGUAACAUUAAUCAGUCAUUAAUGACGCUAAGAACAUGUAUGGAAGUCCUGAGAGAGAACCAAAUGUACGGAACUAACAAGAUGGUUCCAUACCGAGAUUCAAAGUUAACCCAUCUGUUCAAGAACUACUUUGAUGGGGAAGGUAAAGUACGCAUGAUCGUGUGUGUGAAUCCAAAGGCUGAAGAUUAUGAAGAGAGCCUGCAAGUCAUGAGAUUUGCAGAAGUGACCCAAGAAGUUGAAGUGGCAAGACCAGUGGACAAGGCAAUAUGUGGUCUGACGCCUGGAAGGAGAUACAGAAACCAGGCUCGGGGAGGUCCAGUUGGAGACGAACCACUGGUUACAGAAGUGGUUUUACAGAGUUUCCCACCUCUGCCGUCCUGUGAACUUCUGGAUAUCAACGACGAGCAGACUCUCCCCAGGCUGAUCGAGGCGUUAGAGAAACGACACCACCUACGGCAGAUGAUGAUCGAUGAGUUCCACAAACAAGCUGUUACGUUUAAAGCAUUGUUGCAAGAGUUCGACAGUGCCGUUUUAAAUAAAGAAAACUACAUUCAAGGAAAAUUAAAUGAAAAAGAAAAGGUGAUCUCCGGACAGAAAUUGGAAAUAGAACGCCUGGAGAAGAAAAACAAAACUUUAGAGUAUAAGAUUGAGAUUUUAGAGAAGACAACUACUAUCUAUGAAGAAGAUAAGCGCACUCUGCAACAGGAACUCGAGACUCAGAACCAGAAACUUCAGCGGCAGUUUUCUGACAAACGCAGACUGGAAGCCAGGCUACAAGGCAUGGUGACGGAAACGACCAUGAAGUGGGAGAAAGAAUGCGAGCGCCGGGUGGCAGCCAAGCAGCUGGAGAUGCAAAAUAAACUCUGGGUCAAAGAUGAGAAGCUGAAACAACUGAAGGCUAUUGUCACUGAACCCAAAGCUGAAAAGCCAGAGAGACCCUCUCGGGAGCGGGACCGGGAAAAAGUCCCUCAAAGAGCUAUCUCCCCAUCACCAGUACCUCUUUCUAGUAACUAUCUUGCUCAGCUUCCCGCCGGCCAGCAGCUCCUGAGCCAGCCGCAGCUACAUAGGCGCUCUAACUCUUGCAGCAGCAUUUCUGUAGCUUCCUGUAUUUCGGAAUGGGAGCAGAAAAUUCCUCCGUACAACACUCCUGCCCAUGUCACCUCUAUUGCAAGGCGUAGGCAGCAGGAGCCAGGACAAAGUAAAACUUGUGUCGUGUCAGACAGAAGGCGAGGGACGUACUGGCCGGAAGGCAGGGAGGUGGUUCCCACACUCAGAAAUGAGGUAGAGCUAGAAGAGGACCGCUGCUGCAGGAACGCACCACCAGUUCGUCUCCGCCACAGACGAUCUCGCUCUGCAGGGGACAGAUGGGUAGAUCAUAAGCCUGCCUCUAACGUGCAAACUGAAACAGUCAUGCAGCCACAUGUCCCUCACGCCAUCACAGUAUCUGUUGCAAAUGAAAAGGCACUAGCUAAGUGUGAGAAGUACAUGCUGACCCACCAGGAACUAGCCUCCGAUGGGGAGAUUGAAACUAAACUAAUCAAGGGUGAUGUUUAUAAAACAAGAGGUGGUGGACAGUCUGUUCAGUUUACGGAUAUCGAGACUUUAAAACAAGAAUCGCCAACUGGUCGAAAGCGAAGGUCUUCCACAGCGGCGCCUGCUGCACCAGAUGGCACAGAGUCUGAAUGGACUGACGUAGAGACCAGGUGUUCUGUGGCUGUGGAGAUGAGAGCAGGAUCUCAGCUGGGACCGGGAUAUCAGCAUCACGCGCAACCCAAGCGCAAGAAACCGUAACCUGACAGUCUUGGUGAUGUCUCCAAAGCCAUGCCAGGAACCUUCUCGCAGCUCUGUUGAGUAUCACAGACCUCAGAGACCUCAUACACUGGUGCAGAUCAGAGAUCCCCCUAUGGCUCCAAAGAUAUCUAGGAUUCAGCACACUCUUUAUAUCCUCUGCCUUGCCAUAUGAACUUUUUUAUAAUGCUAUUGUUUUGUAUAUUUCUUGUAUACUUAAUAACUAAUUCUCACAAGUGUUUUGUCUUGGGUGAUUAAGGAAAAAUAUACGUAGAUCACACUUUAUUUGUGUGUGACUUUUCCUGCUCUUGUCUACUUCUUAAGGUUUUAUAAACAAAACAAAUGCUGCUAUAGAUUAGCUUGCAAGAAUGCACUUUAGACAUAUUUGACAAUUCAAACUUUCAAAAUAAGGAUGUCAGUAACUGGCCAAUACUAAAGCCAUUUUAGGAAGUUGUUUUGAAUUUUGUAUAUAUAUAUAUAUAUAUCCACUUUCUGACCUUUAGAUAUGUGAAAAGAUUGAAAUAAACACUGAGAAAUACAAAGAUGUGUGACAGUCAUUUAACACAUCCUCCUAGCACCUAGCGUCACGCCUUGCACUGAGCAGAUGCUCUUUUGUUUCUCUCAUGUUGGGGCUACCUGUUUUAAUGCACACAAAGGAACAGCUUCAAAACAGGGUACUUCUCCUGCCCAGGGACCCAUUUCUUCCCAGCAACACAGCUUUGAGGAGGGACCUCCUUGACUGGGGAGAGGGAAGGGGAACACGCAAGACCAUCAAAAGACACUGAAGGAUCCCUGCAGUCUGCUUUGGGAUCUCAGCAGGAGGUCCACACGAGGCUCUGUGGGAGUACCCUGUUCCACGUUCGCCUACCAGCCUGUCGGCAACCGCAAAGCACGGUGCCUACACUUGCCCUCACCGCAUACCUCUGUUGCCGUUUCAGGACUGGCUUCUUUUACAUGCAGUCCCGAGAGUGCAGCUCCAGAACCAGCUCAGGUGAGGAGAAGCCAAAAACUUGAGCUAUUGCACCACCUUCUGGGAAACAAAAGAAAGGUCUGCAAUUGCCGAUCCGUCGAACAAAGUAAACAACUAAGUGAGCUAUUUCAACGCAAUAGCAGAGGCACCCAGGGACCAAAGAAAGUAACCUACAAAGGAACCUCCAUUAGCUUAUUGGCGGGUUUCUCAGAAAUUCUACAGACCAGGAGGGAGUGGAAUGACCCAUUCAGAGUGCUGAAAAAUAAAAACUGCUACCCCUGAACACUUUAUCUGGCAAAGAUAUGCUUCAGAUGUGAAGGAGAAAUAAAGGCUUUCCCUACAAACACUGAGGGAGUUCACCACCAGACCCGCCUUGCAAGAAAUACUGAAAGGAGUUCUCCAAGCUGAAAUGGAAAGAUGCUAAUUAGUGACAUAAAAGCAUAUGAAAUAACUUACACUCCAGACAGGGGUGAAAAACUUUUAGAAAACUAUAUAUUGGAAUGAUGUGUUAGCCACUUUAUUAUAAUAUAA